AUGUCGAACGAGUCCAUUGAACUGGGUCACUUAGGUGUGAAGACGACGGUUCAGUCCACUGUUCGCGAACACUCGCAUAGUCGGACAGAGUCUGGCACUUUCAAUGGAGGGAUAUCGACAUCCAGAUCGAGCGGGAAGCGCUUAGAUAGAAGCUUUGGAUCGCUCUCCAUCCUUUCCUUGUCACUGACUGUGCUGUCGUCCUGGGAAUCUGUCGCAAACUCUUUCGAGUCAGGCUUGGUCAAUGGCGGACCCGUGGGCCUCGUCUGGGGCAUGGUGUUGUCAUUAACAGGCACGAUGGCCCUUGCACUUUCAAUGGCCGAGUUGGUAUCGAUCUGCCCUCUCGCAGGCGCGCAAUAUCACUGGACAGCCGUACUGUCGCCGCCGCGAAUUCGAGAAUUUAGUACCUGGAUGCAAGGUUGGAUCACUGUAUUUGGAUGGCAGGCUGCAACGACAAGUAUCUGCUACUUGGUAUCAAUGCAGAUCCAGGGAAUGGUGAUGCUGAACCAUCCCAGCUAUGUGUUUGAGAAAUGGCACGGAACCCUUAUCAUGUGGGUGAUUGUGGCUUUUUCCAGCCUCGUCAACAUCUAUGGUAUCAAGAUCGUACCGGCUUUACAGAUGCUUGGGGGCAUCAUGCACAUCACCUUCUUCAUUGCGAUCAUUAUCCCGGUCGUGCUUCUUGCCCGUCGCAGCACUCCAGCGUUUGUGUUUACGGAGUUGUUGACAUCAGAGGAGGGCUGGCACUCGGGUGGCAUUGCCUGGUGUCUGGGAAUGUUGACCGUUACGUACUGCUUCCUUGGUUUCGACGGCGCUAUUCAUAUGAGUGAGGAAGUGAGGAAUCCAGCAGUCGUGAUUCCACGUAUCUUAAUCCAGACCAUUGCCAUUGACGGUUUGAUGGCUUUGAUCUUCAUCAUCGUUAUCCUCUUCUGUAUUGGCAACAUUCAGGAGGCCUUGGAACCUGCGUACCUCUUCCCCAUCAUUGGCAUCUUCAAGCAGGCUACCAGAUCAGUUGGAGCUACUACUGCCAUGCAAACAGCCAUCACCUCCAUCGGCAUGAUCUCGAAUGUCGGUGUGGUUGCAUCCGUGUCACGACUGACUUGGGCUUUUGCUCGCGAUGGAGGCCUGCCAUUCUCUUCGUAUUUUGCUCACAUUGACCGCAACCACCGCGUACCUAAACGGGCUAUUCUCCUAGUCUCCGGCGGCGUCGUCGUCCUCUCGGUCAUUAAUAUCGCCUCGGAGACAGCUUUGAACGCUAUCCUUGCACUAUCCACUAGCUCUCUCUUUGUCUCAUAUCUCAUUCCGAUUGUCCUGAUGAUUAUUCGUCGGCUCGACGCCAGUCGUGGGCCUAUCACAUUUGGCCCCUGGAAUCUAGGACGCUACGGAAUGGCACUUAAUAUCUAUGCACUGGCCUUCGGGACCUUUGUUUGCAUUUUUGUGCCGUUCCCGACCGAGAUCCCCGUCACCGCUUCGAACAUGAAUUGGUCCGGCCCGGUAUUCAUUGGUGUGUGUCUAAUCCUUGUCUUUGACUGGAUCUUCCGAGCCAGGAAGACCUAUUCUGGGCCCAUGAAGGAUCUUCUCCAAUCUAAGAACAAUGGCAGCUCCGCGUGA